AGCAGCUGAUAUAAGGACGUGGUUGUUCCGGUGAAAAGUGGAUUUUGCUGCUUCAAGACAGACGGUUUUAGAAUAGAAUUUAUUAUGUUUUAAUCAACAAAUGUACAUAUUUUUAGGACUAGAUAAUUAUUAACUCAAUAAUACUAUGAGACCUUUGUGUUUUUCUUCUGAAAACCCGGCACUGUAACGCCUUCUGCUGCCUAGCUCUCCAUCGACUGAAGAAACAAUGCAGGCCUAGCUAGCAUCUAACGUUAGCUAGCGGAAGCUAAUCGGAUAACGCUGGUCCAGCAGACAGCAGUGGGAUUUAAACCUGGGACGAAGCCGUUUUUCGCCUCUGUAAUAACAUCCAAUCCGCUAUGAGCUCUCAGCUGCAGGUCUUCUCUCCCCCCUCCAUCUCCUCCAGUGCCUUUUGCCGGGUUAAGAAGCUGAAGGUGGAGAGCAGCAUUUGGGAUGUGGCCACCACUGAAGCUUACAGCUCCAUAGCAGGCCAGUCAGCAUACACCUUUACCCCAGCCAUGGCUGUGCCACCCUUUGCACCAUCCCUGGUAUUCCCCCCUGCAGCACCUGGCUCCAGAGGUCAAGUGGUGGUGCGGGCAGCUGAUAGCACUGGCAGUCUUCCCCGCGGAUCCAGCCGGCGUGUCACAGAGCAGGCGACGUCUUCCUCAUAUGCUCAUGCUGAGACGUCCUCUGAAACGAGGGGGCACAGGCACGGGCAGAAGAGAAAGAUUGAGGAAACCAAUACAAGCAGUGGGAGUGGAUGUGGCAGUGUCCAAAUAUUGGAGGAGCUCUCAGCUCCUGCAGCAACUUACUCCACCCGUACGGGUGGUGGGGGAGGGGGCACAGGCCAGUCUAUACCCCAUUCUGCUCCAACCACCAAGAGCAGCAGCUCAAAUGGUGAAGGGGAUUAUCAGCUAGUGCAGCAUGAGAUUCUCUGCUCCGUGUCCUGCAGCUAUGAAGUGCUGGAGUUUUUGGGAAGAGGCACGUUUGGACAAGUGGCCAAGUGCUGGAAGAGAGGCACCAAUGAGAUUGUGGCCAUCAAGAUCCUGAAAAACCAUCCUUCAUAUGCUCGUCAGGGCCAAAUUGAGGUGGGCAUCCUGAACCGGCUCAGUGCAGAGAACGCAGAUGAGUACAACUUUGUGCGUUCUUACGAAUGCUUCCAACACAAGGGUCACACCUGCCUGGUGUUUGAGAUGCUGGAGCAGAACCUGUAUGACUUUCUCAAGCACAGCAAGUUCAGCCCACUCCCCCUACGGCACAUCAGACCCAUCCUACAGCAGGUUGCUACGGCGCUGAUGAAACUGAAAAGCCUGGGUCUCAUUCAUGCAGACUUAAAGCCUGAGAACAUCAUGCUGGUCGACCCCCUUAGACAGCCCUACAGGGUGAAGGUCAUUGACUUUGGCUCAGCGAGUCAUGUGUCCAAAGCUGUUUGCUCAACCUACUUACAGUCUCGCUACUACAGGGCUCCAGAGAUCAUUUUGGGUCUGCCGUUCUGCGAGGCCAUUGACAUGUGGUCUUUAGGCUGUGUGAUUGCUGAGCUGUUUCUGGGUUGGCCUCUCUACCCUGGAGCCUCCGAGUACGACCAGAUCCGUUACAUUUCUCAGACCCAAGGCCUGCCUGCGGAGUACUUGCUGAGCGCCGGCACUAAGACCAGUCGCUUCUUCAAUCGAGGCCCUGACUCUAGCUACCCACUCUGGAGGCUUAAGACCCCAGCAGAGCAUGAAAUGGAGAUGGGCAUCAAGUCCAAGGAGGCAAGGAAGUAUAUCUUCAACUGUCUGGAUGACAUGAUGCAGGUCAACCUGUCUUCUCAUUUGGAGGGGACGGACAUGUUGGCUGAAAAAGCUGAUAGACGAGAGUUUAUAGACCUCUUGAAGCGGAUGCUCCGUCUGGAUGCCGACAAAAGGAUCACACCUACAAAAACUCUGGGUCAUCCGUUUGUCACAAUGAGCCACCUCAUGGAUUAUCCCCACAGCUCCCAUGUGAAGUCCUGCUUCCAGAACAUGGAGAUCUGCAAACGCCGGAGCUCCUACGAUAGUGGCAAAUCCCUGUACUCCACCAAUGCAGUCCCCAGCGCUGCAGCUGGCAACCUCACUGUUACCUUCAGUAGCCAACUCAACCAGCAUAACCAGGUGCCUUCUGCGGGGGGAGCGGUGCCUUUGCUGAACUACCAGCCAGCUCUGUACCAGCAGGCGACCAUCAACAUUCCCGGGCUGGCUCAACAGAGUGUCCCGAUUUCAACACGUCCUGCUGGGCUGUGUAGCCAGACAGAACCCUUCCAGCAGACUCUCAUCGUCUGCCCACCCUCCACUAUUCAAGGGCUACAGCCAUCCAGUAAGAGUUCCAGUUUCCCUGUGAGGAUGGAGAACUCUGUACCCAUAGUACCUCAGAACCAGUCUGCUCAGUCGUUGCAGAUCCAGCCAAGUAUGCUCACACAGGGUUCCUGCACACCCCUGAUGGUGGCCACCCUGCACCCACCCUCAGCAGGCAUUGCCCCCCAGUAUUCUCUGCCCCUGGGGCUGGGCACUGGGGUGGGUCGGCCAACCCUCCUGGAGCACACAGCCACAGUGCUGCAGGCCUGGCCCACUGGCACCCAACAGAUCCUCAUACCAUCAUCGUGGCAGCAGGUCCCAGGUGUGGCCAUCCACAGCUCUGCCCACCAGUCAAGUGUUGCUGAAUCACCCCUGGAAACACUUGCUGCUUCCACGCAGCAGGGGCCCAGCUGGAGGAGCACAACACAAGCCAGGACCCAACAGGAGAGGAAGAAGGUGAAAGCCAGACGUGGAGAGAACAGGAACAGGGGUAUAUCAGCUGCAUCAUUACUCAGCAGCAGCGGCGUGACCCCACCCAGCUCCAGUGCCACAUUGUCCCAGCCAAUCGUCAUCUCCGACACACCCAGCCCGGCGGUCAGCAUCAUCACUAUUCACAGUGACACUGACACAGAGGAUGAGCGCAAGUUCCAUCCCGCCAGCGUUGGUCUGAGCCAGCGCACUAACGUUAUCAGCUGUGUGACGGUGCACGACUCGGACUCCUCUACAGCCAGUCCUCUGACUCCUCUGCCCCGCACACUGAACCCAGCCAGCACCAUGUCAUCACGCCAGGCCAAGUCUCUGGCAGUGGUGGCACCUUCAGUCAAAACCCAGGGGUCUGAGAGAGGAGCAGUUUCACGUGGACGCUUAGAGACUGUGAACUACAUGAAGACUAAGAGAUCAUCCAACCGACAGCCCUGCAGUUCAGGGGAAAGCAUUGAGCGUCAUGGGCUGGUGCCAAGCCAGUCACACCCCUUAAACCUCAGCCAGGUUCAGCCCGUGGUUUCUUCAUCUCAGGAGCGUUCCCACAGUGACUCAUCUUUGCGUCGCCAGCCGACAUUUCCUCCGGCCGUCUCGGCCUCUCACUACAACUUCCCAGAGGUGUCCGCCCUGGCCUCGGCCUCGGCCCCUGGCCCCAGCCUGUACACCUACCCGGCCUCCACCGCCCUCUCCUCAGCUUCUCAGGCCAUGGAGCAGCUGCUGGGCCGUGGUCACGGCAGCCACGGAAACUCCCCCUCCGCCUAUGCAGCAACGUACACCUCAUCCUCCUCCUCCAGGAGGGACUCGGCCAGUCGGAAGGAUUCUGUCAGUAGUCUGCUGCACAGCCUCCCCGCAGCCUACCAGCAUCAGUUUGCCACUGGUUCUCCCUACGUUAGUGUGACGCCCCGGGCUGAGGCUUACAGUGCCUACCAGCUAAGCCCCAGGCGCCUCACACAGUACCCCUACCUAUAGGCAGUCGCACACACUUUGAACAAAGAAAAAGAAAAAAUCUACUUCCCCACAUACUAUCACAAAGGGACCUUUUUAAACUGUAUCUCUAGUAGAAUAACUGUUUGUCACUUAUUUGUUUGCUGCUUUUGAAUCCAAGGCGGCAUUUCACCUCCAACUCAUUUACAUGCUCUUUUGGACUGUUUUAGUGUUUUUAAAAUGUUGUUUGAUAUCGUAUCGGUUUAUUUUCCUUUUAAAAAUAUUGUUUAUAGCCCAUAUUUUAUCCCCAUCUUAUCCAGAUGUACAAUUAAGGCAUUGUGCUAAAUGUAUUUUACUCCUGUUUAUCUUGAGGUUUCGUGUGAAGAGAGAUUGUCCUCCUGUCACAAACUGCGAUGAUACUUUAGGCGAGCUUUUAGACGCCUGACACACAAGACUAGUGAAGGGCUAGCUGACAAAGAGUUACAAGCCAUUUGUUUUUCAUGAGCCUUGUUAUAAAGUUUUCACACUAAUCCAGUGAGGCCCUGUGUUUUUAGCAAACAUAACAAUGACUGUACCAUACCCAUGUCUGUUUACUCACAAAUGUCUCUUACUAUGUUUAAAUUAUGUUCUGUCAGUGUGAGGUAGGAAGAGGAAGGUCCGGGAAGAUGUCGAAUAAGAGAAAGAUGUGGUGAAAACUGUGAUGGUUACAUGUUAAUUUAAGUGCACAUGUGAUAGUCUGUUAAUGUAGUGACAGUGUUUAGGCAGGAUUAAUCAUGUCUUUAUGCAAUACAAACUUUUUUUUUUUUAACUGCAUCAACUGAGUGCUGAAUGUAUUAAUGAAGUAAAGAGGAGGGGGGUCACCAUCCUGAAUGACGUAAAAAGCUUUUUUUUAAAUUUGUUCUUUUAAAAAAAAAAAGAGAGAGAGAGAGAAGAAAUUAACCUUCUUCCUUACUUUCUCUCCUUGAAAUAUUCAAAAAUCCAGUUUCACAUGUACCGAAAAAAUAAUCUAUCUGUGAAUCCUGAUUGUGUAGGACCUGCUCAUUAAAAUGGAUUUUUGGCCAGUUUUCCCUGUUUUUUUUUUAUAUGGGGGGGGGGGGGGUGUAGAAUUUUUGUAUUUGCAUUUGGAAAUGCUCGCUAGCAAGUUGUAACAAACUACCCACACUGCUGUACAGUAACUAAUGCAAUCUGUUAGCAAAUGACCUUUCUUAUCAGUUACUCAAUGUCUGAUGGGAAGCCACUUACACAGUUAUGUCUCUUACAAUAAGUUAGUCACAGGUUGUGCUGUCCACUAAACAUACACAGUUUAAUCGCCCACCGAAAAUGUGCAAAAGUGGCUUCAGUCUUGUCUGAAUAUAACAUUUUGACAUUAAUUGUUUUUCACAUGGAUUACUACAGUGUGGAUACAACAGUCACACAUUUCCUGCCACCAUCUUUUAAUUAAAGAAGGUGAAUCUCGGGGUGGUUUCUGUGGGUUAUGAAAGCUUUUCAGUAAAUCCUUCCUUGUGUUUGCAUCAGUUUUGUGUUGUAAUGUCUGAAUAUUUAACUGUAUUUCAUCUUAACAUAGUAUAGUUAAGAGGAUAUUUGGUAGUAACUAAUUCAGGGAAAAAGGUUUCAGCUCAAAUAAUCCACUGUCACUGUUCUCAAUAAAAUAACCACAAAUUCAUAA